CAGUUUGUACCUGCCUGCAUGCACCUCAGCGAACUAGACGGAAAUUUUGGUUUGGUACUCUUUUUAAUUAAUUCCUUUGUCUACGUUCUCAUCUAGCUAACCCAAUUUUCACUUAAUUUAAUCUUCGUUCAUUUGUCCCCAUUCUCAACUCUCCGCUAUAAAAAUCACUCACCAGAGAUUAAACUCCAUAACUCAUACAAAUAUGUCGAUGAGAAUCACCCCAGUAUUAGAUGAUAUUCCAACACCUAAUACAGAUACUGAAAACCAAAAUACUAUACCAGAUAUCGAUAUUCUGAUCGAUGAUUGUCCUUCUCCUCCUUCUUCUUCAGAAAAGCGAGAAGGCUACGGUCUUCUCGCUUUCAUUGGACUACGAUUUGUUUCCUUAAUGCUAACGAGGAUUCAUGCAGGCUAUUUCAGAAUAAGCCUAUCUCUGUGUUGGGAAGCUUUAUUAUGGAAAACACUUCUCGACCCAACUAAUAACGAAACGAAAUUCUUACAUCGCGUGCCUCAAAUGAUCUACCGUCCCGUUCUAAUUUUCCUAUGGUCAUUUGCCCUGUUGAUUCUGGUUCUACUUUCUUUACUCUACCUCUUGAAAUGCGUCUUUCGAUUUAAUUUAGUCAAGGGAGAGUUUCUACACCAUGUUGGUGUCAAUUACCUUUUUGCCCCUUGGAUUUCCUGGCUUAUUCUGCUUGAAUCCUACCCCUUUAUAGCUCCAAAACACGUUGCUUACAAAGCUCUUUGGUGGGUUUUUGCGGUUCCGGUUAUAAUUUUAGAUGUGAAAAUUUAUGGACAAUGGUUCACUAAGGGGAAACGCUUUCUAACAGCCGUGGCUAACCCGACGAGCCAUUUAUCGGUCAUAGGGAACUUAGUCGGGGCUCGAGCCGCGGCUAAAAUGGGCUGGCAAGAGGUUUCUGUUUGCAUGUUUUCAUUGGGGAUGGUUCAUUAUUUGGUGCUUUUUGUUACGUUGUAUCAAAGAUUAUCUGGAAGUGACCGGCUACCGGCUAUGUUAAGGCCGGUUUUCUUCUUGUUCUCUGCAGCUCCAAGUAUGGCUAGCUUGGCUUGGGCAUCAAUUACUGGAAGAUUCGAUACAGCUUCAAAGAUGUUCUUCUUUCUCUCGUUGUUCCUCUUCACGUCACUGAUAUGCAGGCCAGCUCUCUUCAAGAAAUCACUGAGAAAAUUCAACGUGGCAUGGUGGGCAUAUUCAUAUCCAGUGACACUACUAGCUUUGGCUUCCACAAGAUAUGCAAAAGAGGUCAAAGGAAAAGUGCCACACGCCAUAAUGCUCACUCUAUCAUCUCUCUCAGUUUUGGUCAUCAUUGCCCUCUUGCUCUCCACUGCUCUCUACUCCAACAUGCUAUUACCUGAUGAUGAUCCUUCUCUCACACUCAAGCUACCCAAGCAUUCUUCAGAAUACUCUGAUCAGAGGCGUAUUCAGAAUUUUAAAUAAAUAAAUGCAAGCUUAGUGUACGUAUUUUGAAAAUAGUGAGUUUUUUUUUCUUCGCGUUCGCUAUCGACUGUGAAUGAGUUUAGUGGUCUCCAGCUAGCGCAUGGCCAGCAGGAGUCUCUCUCUCAUGAGUCUGCCCUAUGUCUUAGUUAAUUGUUACUUAUAUUAAUUAAUUAAGUGCUUAGGGAUGGUAGCUAGCAGUCAUUAUCGUUUCUAAAAUAUGUUAUUGUAUGGAAUAUCGUCUACUUGCCAUAACUAGUCUUUAGUUGUCGAGUUAGACUUGUAUUCAAAUAUUAUUUGGGUUCCCAUGUAAUACUUUAAAGUGAAUUUAAUAAAGUAGAACUUUAUU